AUGUCAUCCCUCAUCUUAAAGUGCCUACCACGCACUCUCAUCCGCAAAACCCCUCCUAUUUCUCCGCUACGCACGCCUUUCAGUAAGCAUACGCAACGAACGCUCUUAGCGGGGUUCUGCACACGAACUUCUGUUAGAAAAUCGACUGCUGCACAAUUUCCACAGCGUAUAUCAUUAUGCAAUUCUUCUCCCCCGAAUAGCUUGAAGUCCGGAAGAAGAGACUAUGCGACUGCGACACCUGCAGAUGCAAUAAUCGAAGAUUUGACCGAACAGUAUGGAGUUGCGCGGGAUGAAUUCGAGAUAGCAAGCGAAGAAACCGACAAACAUUCCGUUUACGCCGAAGCCGACCGCGCAGCCGCAGUAGAAGAGUUGCAGAAAUUAAAAGAUAUGUAUACCUCUGCGAUUGAGGGGGAAUAUGGGGAGGAAAUUAAACGACGUGUGGGAUCGAGGGUAAGGGAGUUGGAACAGGGGGUUGCGGCGCUGGAGGCACGAGCGUUGGAGGAUCAUUAG